UAAUAAUAAUAAUAAUAAUAAUAAUAUAUCGUUAGGAUUUCCAGAUUGCAAAGAAACAAGCUUUUAACAAAAUUUUCCUUUAAAUUCCAAAAUAGUCUACAAUUAAUACUCAGUCCUCACUAUGUCUCAACUCACCCUCCCAACCCCAUCAAAUCCUUCACUCUUCUCCUUUCUCUUCAUCGGCUUCCUUUUCAUCUUCUUGGCUCGUGCCCCGACCCAAACCCUUGCUCGAAAUCCCCACACCAUCACCUUCCGAUCCCCAAAUCUCUACCCAGAGGGCAUCACCUGGGACCCAUCAGCCCAACACUUCAUUGUCGGUUCCAUCCGUGACCGGAAACUUGUCUCCGUCUCCGAUGCAGGCGUUGCCGAAACACUAAUCUACGAUCCAGAUCUUCCCGAGAACGCCGCCAUCGGUGGCCUCGCAAUCGACUCCGUCAACAACCGCGUCCUCGCUGUCGUCCAUGCCUUCGAUCCACUCCCUCCCUUCGACGCCCUAGUCGCUUACGACCUCCGCACGCGCCGCCGCGCGUUCCUCUCGCUUCUCCCAUCUGACGGAGAACAGCGUCCGAUCGCGAACGCCGUCGCUGUUGAUUUCAAAGGCAACAGUUACGUCACCAACUCGGCCGGGAACUUCAUCUGGAAAGUCAACGACCGAGGAGAGGCCUCGAUCUUCUCCAAGUCGCCGGCCUUCACAGCCCACGCCGUGGACCGAGACUCUCCGUUCAGCUUCUGUGGCCUAAACGGCAUCGUUUACUUCAGCAAGGGUUAUCUAUUGGUGGUUCAGAGCAACACUGGGAAAAUGUUCAAGGUUAAUGAGGACGACGGUUCGGCCAGAUUAGUCCUUCUAAACGAAGAUAUGCCUCUCGCCGACGGAAUUGCCGUCCGGAGUGACGGCGUCGUUUUCGUGAACUCGCCGAAGAAGCUUUGGGUCUUGAAAAGCCAGGAUAGCUGGGGAGAAGGAGUGGUAUAUGACAAAAUUGACCUCGAUGAAAAGAGGUUCCCAACUUCGUUGACGGUAAGGAGUGACGAUAUAUAUGUGGUAUAUGGGCAUGUGUUCGAGGGCAUGUCGGGAAAUUCAGGUAGGGAGAUCUUUGGAAUUGAGGAGUUGAGCUCGGAGAAGGAGAACAGAGAAGACAGUGUUUGGAUAUUUGUGUUAGUUGGGUUGGGUUUGGCCUAUUUCCUGUUUUGGAGAUUCCAAAUGCGUCGGCUUAUCACCAAUGUAGACAAGAAAAUCAAUUGACAUAUUUAUAUAUCUUUUUUUUUCUUUCUAGCAUGUGAAUUUUGGUUAAUGUAACAGAUGUAGAUUCUAUUAUUAAGUUUUCCGUUUCAAUUUGAUUACUUUGAGUUUCGACUAUAA